AUGAGCAACCAACAUCGCCCCUCAGACUCCAGUCGAAGCCUUGAAAGGGAGCGUAAGCGGGCCGCUCGGGCGUGUGACAUCUGUCGCCGCCAAAAAGAGAGGUGCGAUGGCGGCGUGCCCUGUCGGAGAUGCUUUCGCUUAGGGCGUCGGUGCGAGUUUACGGGAGAUGUCGGGGGCGUGUCGGGGCCGAGCCGUCGCAUGUUGGCACGGCGGCCGCCUUCAUCCGUCUCUCCCACACACGCUACCUCUAGCAGCCAGCGGGGCGUUGACCAUGGUCCCUCUGCGCAAUUAAAGCGGCUGGAGUAUCUCGAGAGAAUUGUGCGCAGCCACGCUGGGCCUGAGAUGCCACUGGACUUGGAUACGCUUCGGAAUCUGGCAGAGGAGGCAGACAGCCGCCACAGUCCAUCCGUCACAUCACACGAGGAUGAAGUGGACAAGUCAAUUACCAUGCAAUCUCUGGAUGGCAACGUAAUGCAUUAUUCGGGCGAGUUUUCGCAUUGGAACUUUUCCAUGCGCAUCAAAGACUGGCUAGACCAAAGCGUAGCACGACAUGGUCAAAAUGAAACAACGAAACCCUCGAUAGUGUUUGACGAGUAUUAUCGACCCGAUGAGCUUCGGUCCCCCGCCGGCUCGCUCGUUCCCUUGUCUUCGCUACCACCACGCUCCAUCACAGACUUUCUUAUUCACUGCUUCUUCCAACACGCGGAAGCCAACUACAGCUUUGUUGAUCGAGACUGGCUAUGCAGCCAAGUGGACGUAGUGUACGAGAAUCCAAUGGCGCUGUCAAAUCGAGAUAUUGGCACCCUGUCCAUGAUUUUCACGAUUCUCGCCAUCGGCACUCAGUAUGCCUAUCUCGAGUCCAUAGCGGAGGGCAAGGGUACUACUUCGGCAGGUGACUCGAAGCAGUUCAGCGAAGAUGCAGUCGGCAUUCAGUUUUACCGAAAAGCUGCCCAUCUUUUACCAGAGGUCAUUGCGGCAUCCUCGCUAGAGAGCGUGCAGGCAUGCCUGCUGAUGGGCAUAUACACGCUCCCGGUAGAUGCAUCCGGCCUCGCAUAUAUAUACUUGAACCUAGCGUUGAAAUUGGCCAUCCAGAACGGCAUGCAUCGUAAGCAUCCUGCCAACGAUAUAGAUGCGCGCAUUCGCGAAACUAGGAAUCGAGUCUGGUGGGCGCUCUACACUAUUGAGCAACGAGUUGGCAUAUUCCACGGUCGCCCAAUUUCUAUUGCAAGCGUGGACGUUGACGCAGAUCUACCCUCUCCGCUGCCUGGGCCGUCACUGUCGUUCAGAAACCCCGAGCUCCUACUCACCACUAUACAGCUUACUCGGUACCUGUCCAAAGUGGCGCAUACCAUGUCAAAUUUACGGACUCUUCCUAAAUCAGAGACUUCAGACUGCGUCAAGAAGCUUGCUCAGCUCCAGUCUGAGCUAGUCAAAUGGUGGGAAGGUUCAGGAAUUACGGCAUUGUAUAACAAUGAGCAGCCCGCUUCAGGUUCAUUUCGCCCGAGAAUGCAUCUUAGACUGGAAUAUUGCAUGGUACGCAUGUUUAUCGGCAGAAUCUUUAUCCUCCCACAGGACGGCCCGCUCGACAGCGGCAACCGCUCGACGCCAUCAUCGGACACAGUGUCAAGAAGCCCGCGCUCGACUCUUGUUCACGACUGCGCUGAGGCUGCCUUGUCCGUCAUUGAUGCGUGUCGCAUCAUCUCGAGGAGCGUCGGACUGGCGCGGGCGUCGUACACAGAAUUCAGCUCGUGUCGCGCCGCACUGCUGGUCAUCACCACGCAGUGCCUAACGCAGAACACAGACCGGUUCCGGCAGGCCUUGCGCGACGGUGUGGUAAUGCUCAAGGACAUGUCGUCGGGGAGCCAGUCGUGGCACUCGGAGGCCUCGCUGAUUGAGGCGUUUGAGCGGGCGAUUGCCAGCAUGAAUACGCGCCAUCCCGAUGCGAGCGGGACUGCGGGCUCUGAAGAGUCGGACUACGCCAAAUUCAAAAAGUGGGAGCAAAUGGUGCAGAAGCAUCCAUCGGCGCCCGAGUCGACGACCAGCAUUGUUACGUCGGAAGAUAUGGCGCCUCUGGCGGGCCAGGGCUGGAGACCGACGGAGGCGGCGUGGAGAGAGGAUCACCUGUUGAUGCCGUCGUGCACACCAUUUUUUGGGGUUGAUGGAAACUUUGCGUCUUUUCCAGAGAGCUUGGAUGAGCUGCCGUCGUUUUUGGACACGAAUUUUCAGGGCUCGCUGUAG